AUGAACAUUUUUUGCAUCUUAUAUAAUAUUAAUAAUAUUAUUAAUAAUGAUGAUGAUGAUGAUGAUGAUGAUGAUGAUGAUGAUGCUCAGGAAUCAUAUUCAUCAAAAUGGUCCACAUCUCAACCAUUUGUAGCAGUCAACAUUCCAAAUAAAGACCAUUCUGCUUUACUGAAGCAUGAAACAUUUUUGGAUACAAACAAGGUUGAUGGAGAUGACAUAUUGCCCUUUGAAGGCAAAGGGAAAAGUGCCUACUACAACAAAAGGAAAUAUUUCAAAAAUAGUGAUGGCCUCCUAAAGCAUUUACAACCUGUUGCACCAAAGUCUUCAAAAACAUUACCAGAUGGUUUAAAUGACCUUGGACUUGUUCGAAAUCUGGAAGACCAAAAGAUUCGUGAUGAAGGUUAUUCCAAACAUGCAUUUAAUGUAUUAGUGAGCCAGAAACUGAGCUUGCACCGAACAGUUCCUGAUACUAGACAUCCUUUAUGUAAGAAGGAAAAGUAUAGUGAGCAUUUGCCGUCAUCUAGUAUUGUUAUUUGUUUUUACAAUGAACAUUAUGAGACGUUAUUGAGAACAAUUCAUAGUAUACUGGAUCGAACUCCUGAGAAAUUGCUUCAUGAGAUUAUUUUAGUGGAUGACAGCAGUAAUAUUUCAAAUUUACAUGAUGACUUAAACAUGUAUAUAAGAAAUAAUCUUACUUCAAAAGUUAUUCUGCUCAAAACACAUAGACGAGAAGGAUUAAUUAGAGCCAGAAUGUUUGGUGCCAAAGAAGCUAGUGGCCAGGUCCUUGUGUUUUUAGAUAGUCAUGUCGAAGUAAAUGUAGAAUGGAUUGAACCUCUCCUUGCACGAAUUAGUGCAUCUCGAACAAAUGUAGCAGUUCCAAUUAUUGACAUUGUCAAUGCUGAUACAUUUGAAUAUUCUGCUUCACCUCUUGUGAGGGGAGGUUUUAACUGGGGUCUUCAUUUCAAAUGGGAAAAUUUACCCACUGGGACUCUUGCAACUGAAGAGGAUUUUGUAAAACCUAUAAAGUCACCAACUAUGGCUGGAGGUCUUUUUGCAAUAGACAAGUCAUACUUUGAAGAGCUUGGAGAAUAUGAUUCAGGAAUGAACAUAUGGGGAGGAGAAAAUUUAGAAAUAUCAUUCAGGAUUUGGAUGUGUGGAGGUACUCUGGAAAUUGUACCGUGUUCACGUGUGGGUCAUGUUUUCCGGCGGCGACGCCCUUAUGGUUCUCCUUCCGGUGAAGAUACAAUGACUCGUAAUUCACUAAGAGUUGCUCAUGUCUGGAUGGAUGAAUUCAAGGAUUACUUCUUCAAACAAAGACCACACGUGAAGGAUGUUCCUUACGGUGAUGUGAGUGAACGCAUUAAUCUCAGGAAACGAUUGGCUUGCCAUAGCUUUCAGUGGUAUCUACAAAAUGUCUAUCCUGAACUGAGUCUGCCUACUGAUAAUGCAGAGCGUUUGCGACAGAAAUGGAAAGCUAUGAAACAGCCUAAAUAUGAACCAUGGCAUUCACGAACCCGAAACUAUAUUGGUGCUUACCAGAUACGACUUCACAAUACAAGUUUGUGUAUUACCAGCUUAAAAGAUGUGAAAACAAGAGGAUCUCUUCUGAUGUUGGCUAAAUGUUUAAGAGUAAAGAACCAGAUGUGGUAUGAAACAGACAAGAGUGAGUUGGUGCUAGCACAGUUGCUGUGCUUGGAUGCUUCUGAGCGCAUGCCCAAGAUUUCUAAGUGCCAUGAAAUGGGUGGUGACCAGGAAUGGAGGCACAGAGACAAGACUCAGACACCUAUUUACAACAUGGCUGCUGGGAAGUGUUUGGCAGUUGAAAAGGUGGAAAAUGGAGCUCUGGUGACCAUGGAAUUGUGCACACAACCAGAAAGGAACCAGUGGGACUUUGUAAUUGCAACUUGAUUGAAUAGCUAUAUUAUCUUUCACCAGUACCUGUAUAGGGCAUUUAUAUAAUUUAUUUUUGUAAAAUGCUCUAGACUCAAAUAUUUAAUAUUUCUUAAGGAAGUCUCAUUGCUGUAAAGCAAAUGUUGUGAUGGUUCUUAUUCUUUGUGGAACCUCAUCACUUUUUAGCUAUGAAAAUCUUCUGUUGAAUCAGCUGCAAGGUGAAUAUGAUAUCUAUUAACGCCAGUGUUGUGGCUCCAAGAAAGUACUAGCAUGAUUCUGUUACAACCAAAAACUUUCACAAUGUAAAUGUUUUGAGUUGAGUAAUAAUGCAAAUGUUUCAUUUGCAUCAUUACAUUCUUAAGUCAUAAUCUCAUCACCAGGGCUGGGAUUUAUAUGGAAUAACAUUUACCUAAAUAUGUACAAACGUGUAUACUAAAAAAAUUGAGUAAAAUAUUGGCUGAAAUUUAAAUAAAAAUAUUAAAAUGGUGAAAAUAGGGUAUUAAUCAAAUGAUGAAUGGAAUGGGCAAAGAAUUCCUUUUUAAAAUUAAUAAUAUUAAAAAGUUGAAGAACAAGAUUUAGUCAUGUGUUGUACUAAAAAACACACAGAAAGUUUAUGUUUUGCUGAAAGUUUUAUUUCGUUUCUGAUAAUUGGACAUUUACGAAUCAGUCAGUUACAAAUGUUCUGAAGAGAAAGUGCCCUUUUUGUUUCUUAAUUGCUCUGUACUUGCUGAAGUACUACUCAGCAUCAGUUGUAGAAAUGGGGUCCAUCUUGAAUCAUAUUGUGGAGAUAAAGUCCAGAUCUACAUUCAAAGCCAAUACACCACUUACAAUUGAACUAAAAUAUAAAAAUUUUCUUCCAAAAAUCAGUCUGAAAGUUUCUAAUAAGGAACAUUGUAAUUAAAAUUACAAAUGAAAUAUUAAGAUACACAAAUGUUAGUGAUUUUUCUUAAAUAAAUGAAAAUAUGUAAUUUAAUGGAAAUAUGGACAAAUAUGGAUAGUAGGUUUCAAAUUUAAAAUAUCAAUAUAAAACAGAUUUCAAAUCACUUCAAAAAGCUUAAUUAGUGAACAUAUAUACACUGGCGGAUCCAGGGGGGGGGGGGGG